AUGGCGAAUGAGGCAGCUCUCAGUCGCUGUCUUUACAUUAUCGGCGCCCAAUGUACUGGCAAGACGACACUCGUGAACGCACUCGAAGAGGCGUUCUAUCAAGGUGGUACAGCCCUUCCGGUUACAGAGGUAGCCUCGAGGCCGGUGAUCAUCCGAGAGGUCGCGCGCACAGUGUUACACGACAAGCAUUUCAGCCGCGAGGACAUCACUGCAUCGCCAUCCCGAUCCUUGCAACUGCAGAAGCACAUCCUCGACGCGCAAUUCGAAGCCGAACAGGCUGCCAUCGGUCUUGACACGCCGCCGACCACAUGGUAUAUCUCCGAUCGCUCCGGUCUCGAUCCUAUCAUAUACGCGCAACUGUUCGUGGGCGAAGGAGCGGCAGGCGAGAUGCUCGCAUCGGCAAAGUGGCAGGAACUCGAGCGGCGCAUGAAGGCGGGCGUUGUGGUGCUAUGCGAAGCUGGCUGUAGUUGGCUUGCCGACGACGGGACGCGAUUGAUGCCAGACGGGACGGAGGCGUAA